GCUGCGCGGUCCCUGCUGCCCUACUCCUUCCCCCCGCGUCCCGGGCCUCGGAGCCGCGCUGGGAAGGAUGAGUCCCUGGAGCUGGUUCCUGCUGCCGACCCUCUGCCUCCUGCCCACGGGCGCAGACCCGCGGCGCGGCGCGCCUGCCUCCGCCAACUGCGAGCUCAAGCCCCAGCAAACUAAAUUGAAUUCCUUCUUGUGGACCAUAAAACGAGACCCACCAUCUUACUUCUUUGGCACGAUCCAUGUUCCAUACACGCGGGUUUGGGACUUCAUCCCGGACAACUCCAAGGAAGCUUUUCAGCAGAGCAGCAUUGUGUACUUCGAGCUGGACCUCACUGACCCCUACACAGUCUCAGCCCUCACUAGCUGUCAGAUGCUGCCACAGGGAGAAAACCUCCAGGACGUGCUCCCCCGGGACAUCUACUGCCGCCUCAAGCGGCACCUAGAGUAUGUCAAGCUCAUGAUGCCCUCGUGGAUGACACCGGACCAGCGUGGCAAAGGCCUCUAUGCCGACUACCUCUUCAAUGCCAUUGCGGGGAACUGGGAGCGGAAGAGGCCCAUCUGGGUGAUGCUUAUGGUCAACUCCCUGACAGAAGUGGACAUUAAGUCCCGUGGGGUGCCUGUCUUAGACCUGUACCUUGCCCAGGAGGCUGAGCGGCUGAGGAAGCAGACUGGGGCUGUGGAAAAGGUAGAAGAGCAGUGCCAUCCACUGAAUGGGCUGAACUUCUCACAGGUCAUCUUUGCUUUGAACCAGACCCUCCUGCAGCAGGAGAGCCUUCGAGCAGGCAGCCUUCAGAUCCCCUACACGACGGAGGAUCUCAUCAAACACUAUAACUGUGGGGACCUCAGCUCUGUCAUCUUCAGCCAUGACAGCUCCCAGGUUCCCAAUUUUAUUAAUGCCACGCUGCCGCCCCAGGAGCGCGUCACAGCGCAGGAGAUCGACAGCUACUUCCGCCAGGAGCUUAUCUACAAGCGGAAUGAGAGAAUGGGGAAGCGGGUGAAGGCGCUCUUGGAAGAGUUUCCUGAUAAAGGCUUUUUCUUUGCCUUUGGAGCUGGUCAUUUCAUGGGCAACAACACAGUACUUGAUGUCUUGCGGCGCGAAGGCUAUGAGGUAGAACACGCCCCCGCUGGACGACCCAUCAACAAAGAGAAGAGCCAAACUCCGUCCUCGGGGCCCACCUUCUCGUCGAUCUUUGCUCCGGAAGUGCCCGCUGUGGACGUCCAAGCUCCGGAAGCUGCGUUUGCGGCCCACUCGCUGUUUCUGCCUCACGAGUCCCUGCCCGGAAGUGCCGACCUGGGUGGCGGGGCAGAGCCGAAGUAUCGGAAGAAGCGGAGGCGGCCUCGCCCACAGCGAAGGCAGCGGCUUAGGCAGUUCAGUGAUCUGUGGGUUCGACUGGAGGAGCGUGUCAUGGUCCCACAGCUCCAGGUCCCCAUCCUGGAUAGGUCCGUCUCCGCCGAGCUGCAGCUCCUUCACCGUGGGCAUUCCCACCACGGCCAGAUGGUGGCCAGCAGUGCCUGCCUAUCUCUCUGGACUCCUCUGUUCUGGGUGCUGGUGCUGGCUUUCCAAACAGAGGCACCCCUCCUGUAAGGACUGGAGGGGCCAGGCCAGGCCCCUGACCCCAUGGACUUGAAGGAUGGCCAUUCCUGUACUCCACACUGUGGUCUAGCCUCGAUAGGCCCAACCCAAGAAAAGAAAGUAAAAUGCAGUGUUGGUUCUUCUCUGUCCAAGAAUUGACUUUGGGUUAUCCAGCAGCGCUUGGGGUAGGUGUACAGUUUUGUAACAUAAUGAG